AACAUUGUUUUCCUUCUACCAAACCAAACACGAAAACGGGUGAGAUCAUCAUAUCUGUAAUUCAUGAUCUCGUAAAUGGAAGUGAAAGUCUUCUGUUCGGGAUUCAAAGGUUAACCACGUUAUCAUCAUCAUAGAUAGCAGUCAGUGUGUGUGUCGGUCUUGACGUCGAUCCUGCUGUAUCCCGUUAUUUGUUUGUUUUUAUGUCCACCAACUGUUCGUCUAAAUGCUCCAAUAACCCAGGUCGUAGCUGAGCUGACGACCGCAUUUUGCAAUGGACAAAAUAUCCGCUGUUUGUGCCAUGGAAUGGAGCAUCCAGCUCGACAAGGCUCUACGCUCCAAUAACCCAGCCCGAGCAGUCGAGGCCAUUUUACAAACAGGACAAAGACUGGAACUGUGGGGACGAGAACCUGAAGCAACUAAGGCAGUAUGCUGUAUCUUCGGUUUAGUCCCUGGCGAGGAUAGGCUGUUUGCGAAUACUUUACUUUUAAGGCUUGCAGACGCAUUUCGCUUUGGUGAUAAGAAAAUCAGGCUGUCUGUUGUCAGAAUUUUCUUGACAAAUAUCAGGUGUGAUAAGAGCAACAAAUAUAGGAAGCAAAAGAGACGAACGUUUCUAAAUAGCAGAGUGUAUAACCAUGAAGAACUGUUGAGGAGAGUGAAGAUUGUUUUGGACACAGGUGACGUUGAGUCGAGAGCAAUGGCUUUAGUUCUAUUUGGUUGUUGGGCUGAUUUUGCAAAAGAUAGUGCAGAGAUACGGUACUUGGUACUCUCCAGUAUGGUCUCUUCUGAUAUCUUGGAGGUGAAAGCAUCAUUUUUUUCUGCCAGUCGGUUUUGUGAGUUAACAGCUGACUUUGCAUUUGUUGUCUUGGAGAUGCUGGUGAAUAUGAUGGCUUCCCCAGAAACACCUGCAGCUGUAAGGUUAGCAGGUGCAAGUGUUUUUACUAGAAUGAGUUACUCAUAUUCAGUUUCAAGAAGAGCUUACAAGAAUGGUGUAAAGCUAGUGUCAGAUUCUUCAGAAGAGAAUUUCAUCAUUGCCAUGCUGGUUUCACUCUCAAAACUUGUUUCCAAGUCAACAAGUCUUAUUCCUGAACAGGUGGAUGUGCUUUUGCGAUAUGUUACCCAGGAAAAUAGUUGGCAGAUUCGAGUAACAGCAUUAAGGUGUUUGCAUCUUAUUUUUGUAAAAGAAGGGUGUUGUUCUCUUGUAAAUAUGUACAUGAUCAAAGCUUUAUUCAGCAUACUAGAUGAACUGGAACUUCCACCAGUCAUGCAUUGGGGAGCUCUCCAGAUUUUACAUAAGAUCCUUUUGUAUACGUUACCUGGUCUCCCUUCUUUAGAGAAGCUCGAAUUUGCUCAGCUAUUAGCCAUUCUAGAAAAUGCAUCCCAGUCCCCAAUCAUGUCAAAGAGCCUUGCAGCUCUUCGAAUUCUUACAUAUAUGUCAACGGUACUUCGGGCAAGAACAAAUAGUGAAUCUUUUGCUGUUUAUUCCUCACCUCUGCCAGUGCAGGUCAUCACUUUAGUUAUGACACAGGUCAGAUCACUGGUGAAGCCAUCAUCUGAUCUCUGCCAGACUAGUAACAGAAUGUUUCAAGAAGUUAGAAACCUUCUUAAUCUUAUUCUUCAGCUUGUUGGGGAACAUCCGGAUUUGGGUGUAACAGUGUUGGGUGAAAUCAGUUCAUUCAUCAAAUAUUUUGCAAAUCUAAAUGAAAAUGUUUUGGCUAGUAAACAAAUUGCUUCAGGUGAGGUUAUUGACUUUAAGGAAGAUAUGGGCAAAGCCUUCAGGUCCAAGUUGUUAUCAAACAUACACCGGUUUGUGUCCGCCUGUCUUCAAAUCCUCAAUGAAGCUGGUGCCAUCACUGCCAGUGUCUUUGACAAAGUACAACUUCUGGUGGAGCAUCUACAUCAUGGCAGGGUAUUUGAUUACUAUACACGUACCAUUUACUCUUUGUUAUUGCAUUCUCGUCUUGUUGGAAUUCUUACUGAACACCCAUUUAAGAAAGAACUUGGUACCCUUGAGCAUGCCUGCAAGAUGUUGUCAGAGAGGGAUAACUGGCAUGCCUAUAAAGCAGGAAUAUAUGCAGCAAGUCAGGGAGCAUGGAUUACAGCAACUUUUGUUUUUGCAGAGCUAAUUAAAAGAGUUCAGUCUGAUUCCUGUUACUGCUGGCUUAAAUCGCUAGUUCAGUUUUCCCAUUCUGAGGCAAAACUCUGGCUUAGUUCUUUGGCAAAGCAAGAGUCUUUCUUACUAGGUUCAGUGGGAAUGAAUGAACUCCUUACGUUUUUGAAAGAUAAUUUUGGAGAACUUGGACAACAUCUUGCAGAGAAUGACAGUGUGCUCAAUUAUAGGGAUACUCUUUUUGGGGCGUACCAAAAUGCAUGUUCUUCAAUAAAAACAUUAGAAAGAGUAGUCAUAUCUCGAAAAGCAUUCUGUUUCAAGAGAUGGUUCUUUUCUCUCAGAACAAAGUUACUUGGGGCUGUAGGCGAAAUUCUUGAAGUGUUGGACACAUCUAAGCAGGAAAUUUUUAGCAACAUAAUUGAGGUUCAGAACAAUGCUUUGACUAACGUCAAAUGUUUAGAAAAAUACACUCACUUUUCUUUCCGGUUGAACAGACUAGCAAAGGAAUUGGAUCUGAUAAACUCAUCUUUCAUUGGUAUGGAUAGAGAGAGUUUGAAAGUCAUUGCAACACUUGCACUUAGCUGCUCAGUAUUGGCCUUUAGUACCGGAUUCCCAGUUUUCUUUCCAAACCUCCCUGCUCAAAAAAAUUUAAGAACUUGUGAUCGAGAGAACUCAAAGCAUAGCGAUUUAAGAUCGAUGCUACUGCAAGAUUUGCUUGGGCGUUUAUUGCAUAUUGACCAAGAGAUUAGCAUGGAUCUCUGGAUACUUUUAGAGAGUGGAGGAUGUCCCAGAAAAUGUUAUCACCUGCAGUCCAGAAAUUGUAAAAUGAAAAGUGGGCAUGAGGUAAAGGAUAUACUUAAUAUAACAAGGUAUGCAGUUUCGACUGUGAUUCGUCUGCAAAGCGAGACGAACAGGAUUGAAAAUGAGGCAAUCAUAUCCCAAGUUACGAAGAAUGGGAUAGAGCUACUAUUAGACAUUAUUAGGAAAUGGCUUCGAAUUCCAUUCCAGAUGCCAAAGUAUUUUUUUCAUACAAGGCCAUUCAUUGGUUCAGAACUCUUUGUCUUCAGCACAGACACCAAAAAUCAAAACCAGAUUAUCGUGUCGUAUGGCUCUCACCUCUCGCUAAAUCUGUGUCUUCAACUGAGAAAUGCCUCGCCCGAAUUCUCACUUAGAUUGACCAAGUUGUACUGUCUUCUUCACAGUAGAGUGUCCUUUCGGAAGCUGUCCCACAGGGAAAGAAACAAUGAAGAAACGGAAUCGAAUCUUCAACCUUGGAAAAGUGAGGACAUGGUAGAAAUGAACGAGAAGUUAUUCCGCUACGUAACAGAGCGCGAAAAGAAGACUAGUCAUGGUAAGCGUUUCAGGGACAGUGAUACAAAUGAAGAGCAAAUAGCGAAUGAAUUUGUGUGCUUUGAACCAAAUGCUAGAGGGCAAGGAUUUUCAAGUUGUGUACUUGAUGUGUCUCAUUUUCCAGUGGGUUCUUACAGAAUAGAAUGGUAUAGCUGUUGUAUUGACAGUGAAGGAUCUUACUGGAGUCUUCUGCCAUUGAAUACUGAACCUGUAUUUACUGUGCAGCAAUCUCAUGUUAUUGCUCAAGUUUAG